GAGCUUUUUAUUUUUUAAUUUUUUAAUCUCUGGCCAGACACAUCGCCGUCACCACCACAAUCGCCCCCCAUCAAUAGCACAUACUGCCCACCAUGUCGUCUCACAAGGUCCUCAUGCUCGGCGCGGGCUUCGUCACCCGCCCGACGCUCGACGUGCUCGCCGAGUCUGGCGUCGCCGUCACCGUCGCCUGCCGCACCCUCGAGUCGGCACAGGCCCUCUCGGCCGGCGUCGCCCACACGACGCCCAUCUCCCUCGACGUCACCGACGACGCCGCCCUCGACGCUGCCGUCGCCCAGCACGACCUCGUCAUCUCCCUCAUCCCCUACACCUUCCACGCGACCGUCAUCAAGUCGGCCAUCCGCAACCGCAAGCACGUCGUCACCACCUCGUACGUCUCGCCGGCCAUGCUCGAGCUCGACCAGGCCGCCAAGGACGCCGGCAUCACCGUCAUGAACGAGAUUGGUGUCGACCCGGGCGUCGACCACCUCUACGCCAUCAAGACCAUCGAGGAGGUCCACGCCGAGGGUGGCAAGAUCACCUCGUUCCUCUCCUACUGCGGUGGCCUGCCUGCCCCCGAGGACUCGGGCAACCCCCUCGGCUACAAGUUCUCCUGGUCCCCCCGCGGCGUCCUCCUCGCCCUCCGCAACCCGGCCAGCUUCUACCAGGACGGCAAGCGUGUCGACGUCGACGGCCCCGACUUGAUGGCCGAGGCCAAGCCCUACCACAUCCGCCCCGGCUUCGCCACCGUCGCCUACCCCAACCGUGACUCUACCCCUUACAAGGAGCGCUACAACAUCCCCGAGGCCCAGACCAUCAUCCGCGGCACCCUCCGCUACGCCGGCUUCCCCGAGUUCGUCAAGGUCCUCGUCGACAUUGGCUUCCUCAAGGACGAGCCCCAGCCAUACUUUGCCCAGUCCGGAUCCUGGAACCAGGUCACCCAGCAGCUGCUCGGCGCCUCUUCGUCGGACGAGGCGGAGCUCAUCAAGAGCAUCGAUGCCAAGACCACCUUCAAGGACCAGCAGCAGCGCGAGCACAUCCUCGGUGGCCUCCGCUGGCUGGGUCUCUUCUCGGAUGAGCAGACCAUCCCCCGAGGCAACCCACUCGACACCCUGUGCGCCACACUCGAGAAGAAGAUGCAGUUUGGCGAGGGCGAGCGCGACAUCCUCAUCCUUCAGCACAAGUUUGGCGUCGAGCUCAAGGACGGCACCCAGCAGACCCGGACCUCGACCCUCAUCGAGUACGGCAGCUCCGACCCCAAGGGCUACUCGGCCAUGGCCAAGCUUGUUGGUGUCCCCUGCGCCGUCGCUGUCCAGCAGGUGCUUAACGGCACUCUCUCCGAGAAGGGUAUCCUGGCUCCCAUGAACGGCAAGAUCAACGGUCCCCUGAUCAAGGAACUCAAGGAGAAGUACGGUAUCUUCUGCAAGGAAGAGAUCCUCUAAGUGGGUGUUUUCAGGUGGAUACCAACAUAGAACGGGCAAAAACAAAAUAGAAAGGAGAUAUUGAUUCACAAGUACGAGGAGU